GCGCUCAAGCAGGUGACUGUCUUCGAGCCUGCCAAGCGGCUGCAGGCGGUCUCGGAGCUGCGAAUCAUGCGCAAGCACCGCUGCCCGUGGCUGGUCGCCUUGUACAACGCCUUCUACGAGGAGGCGCGCGCGCGCGUGUACGCGGCGAUGGAGCUCAUGGAUGCCGGCUCGCUCGCCGAGCUGGUCGAGCAGCACCGCGAGGCGGGCGGGCUUCGCGACGAGGCGGAGCUGCGGCGCAUGCUGCGCGGGCUCGCCUACCUGCACGAGCAGCGGCAGGUGCACCGCGACCUCAAGCCGGCAAACGUGCUGCUCAACUCGCAGGGCGCCGUCAAGAUCUCCGACUUUGGGAUCUCGUCGCAGCUCGAGGCGACGGGCGAGGGGAUUUGCUCGACGUCGCUCUGCUCGACGUUUGUCGGCACCACCUGCUACAUGUCGCCCGAGCGUCUGCGCGCAGAGGCCUACUCGUACAGCUCCGACAUCUGGUCCUUCGGCCUCAUCCUCCUCGAGCUCGCCAGCGGCGCCUACCCAUUUGCCGAGAUUCGCCGAUACCAGCGCCUUGCUCACCCCCCCCCCCCGUACUCUACCUCCGGAGGCGCAUUCUACCAGCUGCUCGGCCAGAUUGCGGACGAGCCCGCGCCGACGCUGCCCGCCGGGCACUUCUCCGCCUCGCUGCGGGACCUGCUCCGCCGCUGCCUCGACAAGGACCCGACGCGGCGCCCGACGGCGCAGGAGCUGCUGAGCGACGCGUGGCUGGCGAGCGGGAGCCACUCCCAUGCAUGA